AUGGAGAUCCGGCCAGACAGGUUUAAGGCCGCCGCGGCUAAAACCCUUGGCAAAAUCUAUGGCGCUCUGGAGAAGAAGCAGGAGAAUGGCGAGACCAUCGAGCUGUCGGCCGAGGGUCGUCCGGAGUUGGUGGAGGAGAAGGAGUUGCCGGCGGUGGACUGCACGUGUUUCGGGCUACCGCGCCGCUACAUUAUCGCCAUCCUGUCAGGCAUUGGUUUCUGCAUCUCCUUCGGUAUCCGCUGCAAUCUGGGCGUGGCCAUUGUCAGCAUGGUGAACAGCCACACUAUCUACAGGGACAACAAGGAAGUCGUGGUGAAAGCUCAGUUCGACUGGGACCCAGAGACAGUGGGAAUGAUCCACGGCUCCUUCUUCUGGGGUUACAUCGUCACGCAAAUUCCCGGCGGCUUCAUCUGCCAAAAAUUUGCCGCUAACAGAGUUUUCGGGUUUGCCAUCGUUGCCACUUCCUUCCUCAACAUGCUCAUCCCGUCGGCGGCCCGCAUGCACUUUGGCUGCGUCAUCCUCGUCAGGGUGUUUCAAGGCCUGGUGGAGGGGGUGUCGUACCCGGCCUGUCACGGCAUUUGGGCCAAAUGGGCACCGCCCCUGGAGAGAAGCCGCCUGGCUACGACAGCUUUCUGCGGUUCUUAUGCGGGUGCUGUCAUCGCUAUGCCAUUGGCUGGGAUUCUGGUCCAGUACUCAGGAUGGUCCUCAGUCUUUUAUGUCUACGGAAGUUUCGGCAUCAUGUGGUACUGCUUCUGGAUCAUGGUGUCGUACGAAAGCCCCGCCGCCCAUCCCACUAUCACGGAAGAGGAGCGCAAAUACAUCGAGGAAAGCAUCGGCGAGUCGGCUCAACAUUCCGUGACGAAAUUCAACACGCCGUGGAGGGCCUUCUUCACCUCCAUGCCGGUCUACGCCAUCAUCGUGGCCAACUUCUGUAGGAGCUGGACCUUCUACCUGCUCCUCAUCAGUCAGCCCGCCUACUUUGAGGAGGUCUUCGGAUUCGAGAUCAGCAAGGUGGGAAUCGUGUCUGCGCUUCCCCACCUGGUGAUGACCAUUAUUGUGCCAAUCGGAGGCCAGAUUGCCGACCACCUGCGCUCCAAUCACAUCAUGACCACCACUAACGUCAGGAAACUCAUGAACUGCGGAGGUUUUGGCAUGGAGGCCACUUUGCUGCUGGUGGUGGGCUUCUCCCACACCAAGGGUGUGGCCAUCUCCUUCUUGGUUCUCGCGGUGGGAUUUUCAGGCUUUGCCAUUUCAGGUUUCAAUGUCAACCACUUGGACAUUGCGCCACGCUACGCCAGUAUCCUCAUGGGCAUCUCCAAUGGGGUGGGCACGCUUUCCGGCAUGGUGUGUCCGCUAAUAGUCGGCGCCAUGACAAAACAUAAGACACGUGAAGAGUGGCAAGGCGUGUUUCUCAUCGCCUCUAUCGUCCAUUAUGGUGGCGUCAUAUUUUACGGCCUCUUCGCCUCCGGGGAGAAGCAAGCCUGGGCCGAGCCGGAGCAGCUAAGCGACGAGAAGUGUGGCAUCCUAGACGAGGACGAGCUGGCUAACGAGACCGAAGAGCUGUACCGAAAUGCAGGCGGGGGCGGCGGCGGCUACGGGGCCACCGCCCAGGACCCCAACGGGGGCGGUGGCUGGGUGUCGGACUGGGACAAAACGGAGGAGUACGUUCAGCCGGCAGGAAACGACGGCCAACAGAUGACCUAA